AAGCAUCGCCACAAACGAACAGCCACUCACCGCACACUCCAGCUGAAAUUGACAAACUGCAGAGGUUGGAAACGCUACUGGAGCCUUGCGGGAAACAACCACAUUUGGUUUGGUACAGCAGAGAACGGAAAGGCAUCAUAAUGAUCAAAACCUUUGUUUUUGUACUUCUAUUUCUUGGAACCACUGCUCAGGGAAGUCAACAACACCACAGCAGCGGAAGAAAACUCCUCCAGACCACGGACAUCGACGGCACGUCGGACAGCGCCGAUACGUCAGGGCCCACCGACGGCGAGGCCACCGACAGCGACGCCACCGACGGCGAGGCCACCGACGGCGAGGCCACCGACGGCGAGGCCACCGACGCCACCGACGGCGAGGCCACCGACGCCACCGACGGCGAGGCCACCGACGGCGAGGCCACCGACGGCGAGGCCACCGACGCCACCGACGGCGAGGCCACCGACGCCACCGACGGCGAGGCCACCGACGGCGAGGCCACCGACGCCACAGACGGCGAGGCCACCGACGGCGAGGCCACCGACGGCGAGGCCACCGACAGCGACGCCACCGACGGCGAGGCCACCGACGGCGAGGCCACCGACGGCGAGGCCACCGACGCCACCGACGGCGAGGCCACCGACGCCACCGACGGCGAGGCCACCGACGGCGAGGCCACCGACGGCGAGGCCACCGACGCCACCGACGGCGAGGCCACCGACGCCACCGACGGCGAGGCCACCGACGGCGAGGCCACCGACGCCACAGACGGCGAGGCCACCGACGGCGAGGCCACCGACGGCGAGGCCACCGACGCCACCGACGGCGAGGCCACCGACGGCGAGGCCACCGACGCCACAGACGGCGAGGCCACCGACGCCACAGACGGCGAGGCCACCGACGGCGAGGCCACCGACGCCACAGACGGCGAGGCCACAGACGCCACCGACGGCGAGGCCACCGACGGCGAGGCCACCACUGACGGCGAGGCCACCGACGGCGAGGCCACCACUGACGGCGAGGCCACCACUGACGGCGAGGCCACCACUGACGGCACAGACGUCACAGGCACCCCAGAUGAAGUCUCAGUGACUGAAACAAUUGCUGAAGAGGCAAUCCGAAGAGCAGGAGAGACAGCUGUGGCAGCAUCCGCAACUGCUGCAUCAGCUGCGGCAUCGUUGGCAAGCUCGGCUACGGCAGCAACGGCUGCAGUUUCAGGAGGAUCCCCGCAAGCGGAAGCAGCUGCAGAAGAUGCUUCGUCUGCUGCAGAAGAGGCAGCCACUGCUGCGUCCUCUUUUUUACAAGGCACAAUAAAUGCAACAGAAGCAGCGGCAGCAGCGGACAAUGCAGCAGACGCCUCCGAAAUUGCUGCACAAACAGCGGCAGAAACUGCGGCACGAGCAAGCGGGGACAUGGCCUCAUUCGCACAACAACUCUCCGCAGCAGCAGAAAAUGCAGCAACCGUAGCGAGAUCAGCCGCAACGACGUCGGCCUUAGCAGCAAAUGGAGUUACUCCAGAAAAUGCAACAGAUGUCAUAGAAGCUGCAAGAAAUGCAAGCCAAGAGGCUGAGAUGGCAGCUCAAGAACUCCAGGUUUUACUUAAUUCAGAAGACUUACCGCCAGAAGUAGAGGCCAGCGUAAUACAAGCCAUACAGGCGGCCGAAAGCUCAGCUGCAUUGGCACAACAAACAGCAGCUCAGGCUCAAGAUGCACUUGACACAGCAGACCGAGCUGUGGCACCAACUGGAGGAGAUGUGGAGGCUGAGCUCGCUGGGCAAUUAGCUAUUGCACAAGUACAAAAUGCAGCGCAAAGCGCAAGCGCAGCUGCAGCGAUGGCAGCCGAAGCGGCGGGAGCACCAUCGGCAGCUGUCCAAGCUUCAAGAGCAGCCUCCCUCGCGGCCGCAGCGACGUCCCUCGCGGCUUCGGCGGCGCAAGCUGCGGGAGCCGAUCGCGACCUCAUCGAUGCCGCCUUGGAUAGCGCAGUCGCAGCAAAUGAGGCGGCUUUAUUAGUUGCAAAUGGAGGAGCAGAGCCACAGGUGGCUCGAGAUGCCGCAGCAAGAGCAGCAGACGCGGCAGAAGCGGUGGCUCUCGACGCACAAGACGCAUUGUCAGUAGGGAUUGAUGAAGAUGUGGAACAGGUCUCGCUCGACGCGGCGACGGCGGCCAGACAAGCGGCGAUGGCGGGACCGGAGGAAUUUUCUACCAUUGCGGCACAAUUUGUGACAACAUCAAGGAAUGCUUCACAACUAUUUAGUAGUCAACUGUCAUCCAUGCUAACACCUGACAUGUUUGAAGCCUUUCAGGAAGCAGAACAGGUCGCCUCGCUGGCAGAAUUUACAGGAAUCAUAGCAGGAACUGCGGACGAUUCCGAAGGCGCACAAGCGUUAGCGAGAGCUGCAACAGCAACAACAGAAGCGGCGAUGGAAAUGAUACGAAACCUCCCGGAAGGAACCGCGUUUAGCUUGGCACAAAGGUCAUUAGUGGCCAGUUUGACAGCCUCAGUCGCAGCAGCAACCGCAACGACCUCGGCGGCGGCCGCGGCCGCCGGCGCAGGAGCGGCGGCCAGAACCGCGUUAACCGCCGCAGAGGGAGCGGCGAACGCUGCUACAGCGCUGAGUAAUAACGAGGAUACCGGUGCCAUAAAUGUAACAGUGAAUGCCGGACUUUCAGCGUCCCGCGAAGCCACUAACGCAGCUGACGCAGCCGUGACAGCGUCGCAAUCUGGGUCGGCCGUGGACGUGCAGAUGGCGAGCCUGGCGGCGGAGGCAGCUGGAAUAGCGUCCAGGCUAACUGGAGCUGCAGAAAGUGUCGCCUCUGAUGCAGCAACAACGCAAACCUUGAUGGAUGCCUCCGAAGUGGCCACAGAAGUCAACAUGGACUGGAUAGAUUUGGUCACGAGUCUGCAAGACUUGCUGUCAGAUGCGCCGCAGGAAGACUUUGGGGAGCUCGUGGAUCAGCUGGCGAUCCUGAGUGUGGCGUCCACAACGCAGGUGGCCACCGACGCUACCAGACAGGCGGCAGAGCUAGCUGUGACGACAACCACGGCAGGUCAAGCCCUCAUCACCGAGACGGUCACGAUGCAAUCUCUGGCGUCCGUGGCGGCUUCGAGCGCAAAUGUCGCAGUGAGAAUGGCAAACACGGCGUUGGCUACAGCUACGCAAACAAACGGCGCUAACGUCCAGAUGCUCUCAUUCACCGCCACGCUCGCCGCCGCCGUGCUCGCGCUGAUAUUGUGAGGCGUGUUUUAAAUCAAGGACUUGUAAAUUUAGCAAAUCCAUGUAUUUAUCCUUGUAUUAUACUGUGUUUCAAAUGCGCAUCUCAUCAUUUAUUAAACCACACUGGCAAAAGAAAAAUGUAAUCCUGAAAGUCAGUGCAAACCAAAACAAUGACCGCAUGAAUUGUGCUUCAACUUCCGCUGUGACGCACGACAAAUAGUGUUUUGGAAUUGUGAGUAAGAUGAACAUCAGACAAAAUAAGAGCUCAACAAGUGAUAGAUUUGACCUUCCUCACACAUGACCAUGAAGCCAAGCGGAGCGUCUCAAAGAGGAAAUGACUGUGUGUGGCUGCAAAUACUUCCCAUAAUGUUUCCAAUACAAGAAAUGUAUAAGCUAUCCCUGUGCAAUGGUUUGGACAUGUGGCAGAAUAGCUGCUCCGUUUACCACGUCUUCAUUUUUGUUGCAGCGCUGUUGCUUUCCAGACAAUAAAAAAAAUGGACUGAUGACUUA